AUGGACGGCCCUGACCAGAUCGGCCCUGACCGCAGCCCCAAACGCAGCUUUGCAGACAACUGCCGGCGUGCGGUGCGGACGCUGACUACCAAAGAUGGCUUGAUUGGCGACUACGACUAUGCCUUUCUCUUCCGCCCGCAUCUGCCGUUUAUGCAAAAGUCGCGCCGCGCCAGUCCGUUCUUUGGCCUUCAUGAUAAAAUCCCCGUCGUGCUGGCACUGCUGCUCGGCCUGCAGCAUGCCCUGGCCAUGCUCGCUGGAGUGAUUGCACCGCCCAUUAUUAUCGGCGGCUCUGCCAACUUCGACACAACCACCUCCCAGUACCUGGUGUCGACCUCGCUGAUUGUCUCUGGCAUUCUAUCAGCAAUCCAAAUCACUCGCUUCGGCGUCUACAAAACCCCAUACCACAUCGGCACAGGCCUGAUCUCCGUCGUUGGAACAUCCUUUUCCACCCUGACCAUCGCCGAAGGCGCCCUGACCCAAAUGUAUGCCAGUGGCUACUGUCCCACCGAUCCCAGCACCGGCACCAAACUGGCCUGCCCGGACGGCUACGGCGCAAUCCUCGGGACAAGCUGUCUCUGCGCGCUGCUCGAAAUCGGCCUGUCGUUCAUGUCCAUCCGAGUCCUCAAACGCGUGUUUCCCCCGUUGGUGACUGGCCCAACAGUCCUGUUAAUCGGCGUUAGUCUUAUUCAGAGCGGUUUCAAAGACUGGGCUGGCGGCUCUGGCACCUGUGGCGCUGAUCCCAGUGCUCGCGCGCUGUGUCCGAGUGCAACGGCACCGCAUGCUUUACCCUGGGGCAGCGCCGAGUUUAUCGGGCUAGGGUUUUUGGUGUUUGUGACCAUUAUCCUGUGCGAGCGCUUCGGCUCGCCCAUUAUGAAGUCCUGCUCGGUCGUUUUGGGUCUGUUGGUAGGCUGUAUUGUUGCUGGCGCAUGCGGCUACUUUGAUCGCUCGGGCAUCGACCAAGCCCCCGUGGCGUCGUUUAUCUGGGUCAAGACAUUCCCACUGAAAAUCUACGCGCCGGUGAUCUUGCCUCUGCUGGCACUGUAUCUCACUCUCAUGAUGGAAGCCAUUGGCGACAUCACCGCGACCUGCGACGUUUCGAGACUGGAUGUUGAAGGCGAACUCUUCGACUCGCGCAUCCGCGGCGGCGUGCUGGCCGACGGCCUCAACGGACUAUUCGCUGGUCUCUGCACCAUCACACCCAUGUCGACAUUUGCCCAAAACAACGGCGUGAUCGCGCUAACCCGGUGCGCAAACCGAAAAGCGGGGUAUUGCUGCUGCAUGUUUUUGGUUAUCAUGGGCAUAUUCUCGAAAUUUGCGGCUGCCCUGGUGGCCAUCCCAUCACCGGUGCUGGGCGGCAUGACCACGUUUCUUUUCUCGUCGGUGGCUGUUUCCGGGUUGAGGAUUAUUGCUACUGUGCCGUUUACACGCCGGAAUCGGUUCAUCUUGACUGCUGCGUUUGCAGUGGGCAUGGGCGCGACGCUGGUGCCACAGUGGUUUUCAUAUGUGUUUACGUAUUCCGGUGGUAACAAGGGGCUUAUUGGCCUGAUUGAUGCGAUUGAGCUGGUCAUGACGACGGGCUUUGUCGUGACGGGGUUUAUCGCGCUGAUUUUGAAUUUGGUCAUGUCGGAGGAGGAUGACGAUGACGAUACUAGGGAGGUUGAAGCGGAGGUAGAGGAUCAGAAGACUGUAGACAGCAAUGUUAUUGUUGCUGCUGCUGCUUCUUCUUCGCUAGAUCAAGCUGGGGUUGUCGAGAGUGACAAGGCGAAGAGUUCUUGA